AUGCCUCCCCCUCAUUACGAUUUUCUUAUCAAGCUCUUGCUCAUUGGAGAUUCUGGUGUCGGCAAGUCUUGUCUCUUGCUCCGUUUCUGCGACGAUGCAUGGACUCCGUCCUUUAUCACGACCAUUGGUAUCGACUUCAAGAUUCGUACCAUUGAACUAGACGGCAAGCGUAUCAAAUUACAGAUCUGGGAUACCGCCGGGCAAGAGCGAUUCCGGACCAUCACCACCGCAUACUACCGGGGUGCUAUGGGUAUCCUGCUCGUCUACGAUGUCACGGAUGAAAAAUCCUUUAAUAACAUUCGUACGUGGCACGCUAAUGUCGAGCAGCACGCAUCCGAGGGUGUCAAUAAAAUCCUGAUUGGCAACAAGUCGGACUGGGUAGAUAAGAAGGCUAUUACGGAAGAGCAGGGUCGCGCACUGGCUGAUGAAUUAGGAAUCAAAUUCAUGGAGACCAGUGCCAAAGCCAAUGAGGGUGUCGAAGAUGCCUUUUUCGCACUGGCACGGGACAUCAAGACCCGUUUGAUCGAUUCUCAACCUGACGCCGGUCAGGCGGGCGGAGCUACCGAGGGUGCUGUCAAGGUCAAUGCUGCCGGCGGCAGUCAGGCAGCAGGGGGUUGUUGCUAG